AAAUGCCAUUAGUAUAAAUAAUUAAACUGAGAAUGAGAAGGCCUGCAGCAUUGCUUGGUUUUACCGUCACAAGCGGAAAUAUUCGUUGUUUGUUGGGAUUUCGAUUUUCCCCAAACAACAACAUCCCCACUUCGCCUCCUGCACUUCAGCUUUCUUCAACUUCCACAGAUACGGAAUAUUUUGCAGCUAGGUAUAGAACCAGAACCGGAUUCAGAGCCAUGUCGGCAUCAGUGAAUUCAACGCCUGUAAAUGAAAAUGGUGAACAAUUAGUUCAACAGUUUAAACCACUUAAUGCAGUCAAUGAUAGGUAUGGAGGAGUAAUUGUUGAAGUGAGUGAACCUAUGGACUCUGCCCUCUUUGCUUCAAUUCUUAGUGCUUCAAUUGCACAGUGGCGGCACCAGGGUAAAAAGGGUGUGUGGAUCAAAUUGCCUAUUCAGCACGUCAAUCUUGUUGAAGUUGCUGUCAAGGUGAUUAAUUGUCAUUUAGAACCUAAUCGAGAUGAUUUCUGGAAGGCUCUGUUGAAUGCUAACUUGGAAGGAUUUUGGUAUCACCAUGCUGAGCCAAAUUACUUGAUGCUUGCUUAUUGGAUUCCUGAAGGUACAAACACUCUUCCAGCAAAUGCCUCGCAUCGGGUGGGUGUUGGCGCAUUUGUCAUGAAUGAAAAAAGAGAGGUUUUAGUGGUUCAAGAGAACACCGGACGAUUUCGGGGUACAGGUGUGUGGAAGUUCCCUACUGGAGUUGUAAAUGAGGGAGAAGAUAUCUGCACAGCUGCAGUUAGAGAAGUCAAAGAAGAGACAGCAGUUGAUACAAAAUUUGUUGAAGUACUGGCAUUCAGACAAAGCCACAAGUCAUUCUUUGAAAAGUCUGAUAUAUUCUUCAUGUGCCUCUUGGAACCACUUUCCUUUGAAAUCCAGAAGCAGGAAUCUGAGAUAGAGGCAGCCAAGUGGAUGCCAUUUGAAGAAUAUGCAGCGCAGCCAUUUGUCCAGAAAUAUGAGUUCUCAAAAUACAUUGUUGACAUAUGCUUAGCAAAGAAAGAUAGAAACUAUUCUGGGUUUUCUCCAGUGCUUACCUCAUCAGUAUUCUCGGAUGAAAAGAGCUACAUGUACUUCAACAUGCGUGACCUCAAUGGGCAGCAAGGAAUCAACUUGUAAAAUAUAUAAAUAAAUUCUUUUGACUUAUACCGGCACAUUAAUGCUGCUAUGUAUCUGUCAGUCAGCCAGCAUUGAUUAAAGAUUCUUAAUAAUUUCCUCUUCUGCUUUUUCCCUCCUGCUACACAGCCAGCUAAAUGAAUGAUUCAUUCUUCAAAAUGUAGUGUUGCUUCUUUUGAAGCAAAGCUGUAAUAAGUUUUAGUCUAUUUUAUGGAAUUUGAUAAAAAGAUACUUGCA